UCCGUUUAUAUUGGUUUUAUUGCACACAAUUAGUGUUAUCAGAAGUUGAUAAACAGGCAUAAUCAAAUCAGCUAUAUAUUAUAGCGUAUACGAACUUAUUAAUAGUCACCGUUCAAUAUUCAAUCGUUGAGGCAGACAAGGAAUUAACAUGGCACCUCAAAUUCGACCAAUUUCUGCGGAGCUGCAAGCGGUGGCCAAGGAGCGACUGAACGAGGAUCCUGAUCGCAUUGAAGCAGAUCUCGAGACAUUGAAGACUUGGAUACGACAACAGCCACAUCUCAAUCCACGCACAGACGAUCAAUUCCUAGUGGGCUUUCUAAGAGGCUGUAAGUACAGUCUGGAGAAGACAAAAUCGAAAUUGGAUAAAUUUUAUACGUUGCGUACAAAAUAUCCAGAAUUAUUUAGUGUAACUGAUAUUGACGAUCCCUUGUUACGAGAAAUUCACCGAUUAGGACCCAUUGUCUACUUACCCAAUACAUUGAACGGAGCACGGAUAGGCAUAUUUAGACUAGGUGUUGCACCUGCUGAAAAAUAUAAGAUAACAGAUGUAAUGCACGUUGGCCAAGUAAUGCAAGAAAUUGCCCUUCUGGAAGAUGACGAAGCUAUAAUAAACGGAAUAAUACUUAUUAUGGAUAUGAGUGGAGCAACUGCAUCGCACUUAUUCCAAAUGACUCCCGGUCUAGCGAAAAAAAUGACUGUCUUUAAUGAGGAGGCAUUUCCUAUGCGGCCCAAGGCUCAGCAUUUUGUGAAUACGAUUUCUGGCUUUGAAACCAUCUUUAACAUGGUUAAGCCCAUGAUGUCCAAAAAGCAACAGGAAAGACUCUUUAUGCAUAGCAAGAUAGAUUCACUUUUGGAACAUAUUCCUUUGAAAUAUCUACCCAAGGAAUAUGGUGGCGAAAAUGGUUCCAUAGAUGAGAGCAUAGAGGAGUGGCAAAAGAGAUUUGACCAAUAUAGAGAUUAUUUUAAGGAAAAUGCUCAAUUUGGCACCGAUGAAAAACUGCGUCCAGGAAAUCCAAUAGAUUUUGAUGGCCUUUACGGCACAGAGGGUUCCUUUAGAAAACUAAAUGUUGAUUAAGAAUUAACAUUUUCUUAAUACGUUUCAAUUGGUAAAUAUACAAAGAGAUAUACGUUUUAUACAACAAUAAAAGGAAACAAAUUUUUAACAAGAGUAUU